AUGGAUAAUGGCGGGCCCGCGCCAUCUCACGAAGGCAUCACUGCCUCGUUAGCAAAGGCCAAAGCGGAGAAAGAGCAGCAAGAGUCGCAAGGCUUGAGAUCGACGACGAACGACGCGGCCGCGGCCAAGAAGCAGAGCGAGAUCCAAUUCAAGGCUGCGCAUGGUCUAUUGGUAGCAUUUCUGUCUCUGAUACUAAUACUCCAAUUGCUGGGCAUUUACCUCUUUACGAGCGGUUUCCUCCUCACGAGAUUCACGUUUGACUACAAGUCAGAAUGCGCGCUGCCGCCCAUCGAUACCAAUGCGCGCACACCAAUCAUUAUCCUCAUCGAUGCGCUUCGCUACGACUUCACGGUCCCAUUUUCUACUGAGGGCCCCGAUGAGAAACCCCACCACUUCCAAAAUGCGUUUCCGGUUCUUUACGAAACGGCCAUCGACCAGCCCCGCAAUGCAUUUCUCCUCCCGUUCAUCGCCGACGCGCCGACCGCAACAAUGCAGAGGUUAAAGGGUCUCACAACCGGAACGCUUCCGGCAUUCGUUGACGCUGGAUCCAAUUUUGCUGGCACAGCAAUCGAAGAGGACAACCUCAUCUCCCAGCUGAGGAAUGCUAGCAAGAGGAUGGUACAUCUUGGGGACGAUACCUGGCACGCGCUGUUCCCAGACCAUUUCGAGCCGGAACUCACACGCCCAUACGAUUCUUUCAAUGUCUGGGAUUUGCAUACAGUAGACAACGGAGUUACCGACCAUGUCUUUCCGCUCAUGCAUGCGUCCAAUACGUCCAAGUGGGAUGUGGUAAUUGGUCACUACCUAGGAGUCGACCAUGCGGGGCACCGAUACGGACCAGAUCAUCCGGCGAUGGCGACAAAGCUCAAGCAGAUGGACGACGUGAUUCGCCGAAUGAUCGAACAGUUGGAUGAUUCUACAUUGUUGGUAGUCAUGGGUGAUCACGGUAUGGAUGCGAAGGGAGAUCACGGCGGAGAAUCGGACGACGAAAUUCAGGCCGCGCUCUGGAUGUAUUCGAAGCAGGAACGGUUCGGCCGGAGCUCUCCUGCUUUCAACACUCCCCCCGGUACAGCGAAGGAAAGGCCCGUUGCGCAGAUCGAUCUUGUUCCUACACUUUCCCUACUUCUUGGAUUGCCCAUACCAUUCAACAACUUAGGAAAGCCUAUUGAGGAAGCCUUCAUUGGUACCAAAGGCGUCGAUUACGAGAACCUAGCUACUGUAAAUCGACUCACAGCCGCUCAAAUUCACCGUUACCAGGAAGAGUAUGCUUCUGUGCAAGGUAUGGACGAGACCGCGCGUGCGGCAUCACUGUUGUCUCUCAAACACGCACAUGAGGCGUGGGAUGCUACAACUACAAAAUCCAAGGCCGAGGAAUACGCACGUGUCUACGGAUCGUACAAGACCUACCAACAGGAGACACUUGAUAUCUGCAAGGCAAUGUGGGCAAGCUUCGAUGUUCCGCGCAUGUUGAACGGAGUGACCAUCCUUGCGUUCUCCUUGGUAAUGUUGGCUGUCUACGCCCGUGGUCUAACGGGGGAUUUGUCGGAAUUGAGCCCUGUCCUUCUCUCUCGUGGUGGGAUCGGGGUUGUGCUCGGUGGUUUUAUCGGCUUCGGUGUCCAUUUUGCAUUCUCGGAUGUCCCCAAGCAGCACGCUAUAAUAUAUGCCGCCGCCAUGUGUGGUAAUCUUGGUAUAGCAUCCGCCUUCUGGUACCUCAGACGCAGACUUCUCUCCGUACUACCAAACUCGAUUUGGGGCUUUUUGAGCAUAAUAUUCACGCUCCUCUUGUCAGUCGGCUUCGCAGCAAAUUCAUUCACCAUCUGGGAAGAUGAAAUACUGCUUCACUUCCUGUCCACCUUUGGGUUCCUCGCUGCGCUGUCCUCUUUCCGACAGCCCAAGACCACCGACCGUGUCUUAGGCGUUUACCAUUCGAUAUUAUUCGUCAUCCUUACACGCGUUGCAUCUCUGUCAAGGCUAUGUCGCGAAGAGCAAAUGCCGUACUGCAAGAGCACGUACUACGCCUCCGCCACAUCCUCGACCUCCGCAACAUGGCAGCUCGCUAUACCCUUUGUCGUCGCUCUUCUCUUGCCAACUUUCAUUCGAGGGUACUAUGAGGGGACCCUUUCCUAUCAAAACUCGGCAGUGAUGUGGCUUGGCUUUGGUCUACGUUUUGGCUUAUUGUUGAGCGCUGCAUACUGGGCGCUUGACGCUGCCGAUGAUGGAGAUUGGUACCCCGGAUACAGCGGCCUGCUCAAGACGUCAAAAACAUUUAUCGCGCAGAUAACGAUCGUGACCACCAUAGCCGUCGGGUACCCAACAUUCACAUGGGCGAAACCGUUGCUCAACAUCGAGGAGGGUAAAUCCCACACGCCGCAUCCCUCGAAACAAAUCGUGCCCUCGGGCGGACGCUCCUCCAUCGCCAUCCUAGGUUACGGCAAUGCCCACGGCUCGCGAUACGCGCUGCUAGUCACAAUCUGGUACCUAGCCGCAGCACUCUUACAAAAGCCCAUGGGCGCCGGCGCGCUCGCCCUCUGCUGCUGGCAGAUCUUCUCCCUCCUCGAGAUCGUAGACACAAACCACCUUUCCGACAGCAGUAUCGGCCCCGUCGUCCUCGGCCUGCUGGGCAGCUUCCAUUUCUUCAAGACAGGCCACCAAGCCGCGCUGAGCAGCAUCCAGUGGGAAUCCGCCUUCAUCCCUUUGCAUACCAUACGCUACCCGUGGUCGCCCUUGCUCAUCGUGCUCAACACCUUCGGCGCGCACAUCCUCUGCGCGGUUGCGGUUCCGGCCCUCGUGCUCUGGAAGCAGUCGCCCAAGAAGAAGGGCCUGCUUGGCGAUGUGGCGCGCGCGAUGGCCACGCACGUGCUUUUCUACGCCACCAUCAACCUAGCGACGACGAUUCUCGACAAGCAAUUUGCUCGAUUCGGGGACUCAAAACCUUGGUUGUUUGCAACUACGUCCGGCAGGCUGGAGCAAAGGCGGGGUUGGGUCGACAACAUGAUUGUUUCCUGCGACAAAAGACCGACCGCGCGGUCUAGCGAAGGGUCGUCGCGAGGCACACCCAAUCGGCCAUCUCAUGAUCGCUCAAGUAAUGCGUCGAGGCAGGGACAUACCUCCGAGUCUCUGCAACAAUGGACGAAGAGAGUCCUUCGUGCGGCUCAACAGACCGGAUGUAUCACUGGGAUUCCUACCAAUCUCCAAGAUGUGGAGCUGGAUGAAGAAGACGACAACUACGUGCUGAACUCGACGACCACCAAAGGCUUGAAGCACCUGAAAGAAAGGUUCCUCACUCACUUAGCUUUAGCGUUUGGUGAUGGCGGAGCGUGGGAGUCACCUACGAUCGGAUAUCUCCACGAGGACCCCAGCAACCGCGUUGUGACGAUCGGUAUCACACGCAUGAAUGGCACGAAGGAGUGCGCUGGUCUGGCUAAUAGUGCCAGUAAAUUCGCUGCAGCCUUCACAGGCAUUCAUCAGUCGGUUGGAGCCAAAUCGACAGCCGACUAUGACAACCUAGAGGAGGUAGUCUUUCGAUUGUACAGGACUCGCCUUAAUGCAGCCGCUGUCCAGCUACGCCAUUUGUGGCGUAUCCACAAAGACAAGGUCCACGACGUCAUUGCAAACAUUUCAGGAAUGUAUGACGAAGACGUCAGUCAGGCUCGUGAUGCAGCCAUUGGCGACUGUAUCAUCGGUCUCAAUGGUUCGAUACAUUCUCUGAAUUCUUCGCCCCACACUAUCUUCCACAAUCAUGACAAGCAUUCGAAAGGCCUCAUGUUCGACAGCUUGAAGCUUUUCUAUGUGGAAGGCGGUUGGGUCCAAGCCAGGCUCAUAAACAUCUUGGGUUCCUCACUCGGCAGUGGAAUAUACAACGCCGUGCUGAUCAUGGUAAAGCCAACAAGGUCGGUGGAGAUGUUUGUGCGCGCAGCCCAAGCAUUUAGGAUCUAUUCUGCCGUCUACUUCAGGCGCGGGGAUCCUGGAGCAGUGCGUUCCCGCCCGCCGUUCAAAUCCCGCUAUGCAGGCAAUCCUGCACACCUUGGAGUGUCAUCUUCGCUCUCCGCAGAGGAGCGUACCAGUCCAACUACGUUGCCUAAGGAUACACAAAACCACCUCGGCGCUGAUGAUGAAGUCUCCUCAACCAUGCGCUGUCUAAGCCUUGACAAUCAGUUGGAGUCGGCCACUUUCUCUCAUCCUGCAAAGGAAUCUUCGACUUACCUGAGAGCCAGCGUACUUGGAGAUCGUGUACCGGAUCCCAGCUCGGACGCAUACUAUAUCUUUGGGUUUGUCGCCUCUCAAGACGAGGACCAAAUCCAAAGAUUGGGAGGCCUGUGGAAGGCCAUCAUCACGAGUUCGCCUUCUGAGAAGGCAGUGUUGGUCGAAAUAUGCCAGGCACUAGGCGAACAUCAGAUCGCCCAAUUCUUUGACCGCCAUGGCUGGAGCGCCUUUCGACAAGAACUUCCGAACCUUGAGACCUUCUUCGCCACACCGCCUAAUGAGCGCUCUUCAGUCUAUCGAUUGGUCCAGUUCGUCCGUAUCGAAGACGGUACGUGGGAGGGCACAGAGCCGCCACGCGUUCUUAUACGUGAUUACGGCUUUCACCAGUGCAGACAGAGAGAGGACGUAGUCGUCCUGAAAGAGAUAUACCGCAAGACGCUGGCGGCGCUCAAGAUGCUCGACCUUCAUCAGGCGUGCGUUCGCAACAGGAUUCCCACAGCAGUCAUAGCUGCGGGUGUCCGAUUUGAGUCUCGACACCGAAGGUUUCUCGUAAAUCAAGGCCCGCGCCCGGACGUAGGAUACGAGAAGAUCACUGCGCCAUUCGCCUUUGACCAGGGCCUCUUCAAACGCGAAAAGAUACGACGCAUGAGACGGAAUUUUCGUCUAGAUGCCUAG